AGGGGGUGCCACCGCGGAGCCCGGCGGGCCUUGUCGCACGGCCGAGCAGCGGCUUCCCGGGGCCCCGUGGCCGCUGUCCCAUGGUCUGCUGAGCGCGGUGCCAUGCGUCUGCAAGUCCUCCUGCUGCUGACCCUGCUGGGCCCCGGCUGCAGCCUCCGGCUGGUGCCUGCCAAGGGCUCCCUGGACUCCCCGGCUGCUCGGGCUCGCAGACAGGCCCCCGUGGACGAGGAUCCGGAGGACGUGGAAGAUCACGACUACGAGUAUGGCACGGACCCUCCAGAAGUCCUCGACAAAGCGCUGACCACCCUCCCCCACCCCAGCCCCGUGCCUGGGUUGGGAACCCCGGGACAGGGGCACCCCGUCGGGGCUCGAACUCAGGAACCGCUGCCUUCGGGGGCAGCCGGCAGCAGCCGGGAGCCCUCCGCCGUACCUGUGCAACCCACCCCGGAGGCCACGCCCACCCCGGAGGCCCCGCCCACCCCAAAGGCCCCGCCCACCAAGGAGGCUCCGCCCACUCAGAGGCCGCCCACUGAAACCACAACCACCACAACCACGCCCACUGAAACCACGCCCCCUGCCACCACCCCCGCUGAGACCACGCCCACACCUCCUGCCACCACCGCCGCCCCCGAGGCCCAGACCACAGGAGCCGCGGCCACAGAGGCCCUGCCCCAUGGCAGGGCCAUCCCAGAGACGCUGUCCACUAAACUUCCUGCCGUGGCAGACCCUCCCACGGAGUCCACUACCGCCAAGGCCCAGACCACACUUCCUGCGGCCCCCGGGGGCCUCACCCCCGCACCAGGGGGCGACUCCUCCCGCCAAAAGAACAGGGCCAGCGCGACGCCAGGGGGCUCGGUGACCCCCAGCUCCACGAGGGCCUCGGACCACAUCCCUGUGAAGCAGUGCCUGCUGGCCAUCCUCAUCCUGGCCCUGGUGGCCACCGUCUUCCUGGUGUGCACCGUGGUGCUGGCUGUGCGCCUGUCCCGCAAGACUCACAUGUACCCUCUGCGCAGCUACUCGCCCACCGAGAUGGUCUGCAUCUCGUCCCUGCUGCCCGAGGGUGGGGGCGGCGGCGGGGGCGAGGGCUCGGGGACCACGGCCAACGGGGGUCCGCCCACGGGCAAGAGCGCAGACUCGAAGGUGGAGCCCGGGGAGGAGCAUGAGGGCGACGACCUCACCCUGCGCAGCUUCCUGCCGUAGUCCCGCC